AUCACCUCGCGCGGGGAUGAAUCCUCUGCAGAAGACUGAUGUGACCAAGCGGGUCGUGUAAGCGGAGUUAAUCUGGGUGGAUCUGUCCCACAGCUCCGGCCCGACCCAGCGGACUGGUGUGGUAUCGGUAAUACAGUGACGAUACAUUUACUUUUCUGAGAAAAAGAUAAACUUUGGUUUGAUGUCUUCCCAGCCAUCAUUACCGGAUUUCAUUUACAGCUGCUGCCGUAUCCGACACAUGGCUUCAAAUCAUUCGGAUACAUUUCUCCAGCCAAUAUGUACCGUCCAGCUUUUGAAUGGGUGCAAUCCAUUAUCCCAAGUGCUGACCAGGGCACCGAGGUCGUAAUGGUGGCCUUUUAUUCUGAGCCCCACGGCGAAGUCUGCUUCAAGAUUCAAUUUGUCACUAUGAAGCAAGACUAUGAAGACGCCAGAAAGGCGCUGGAAAAGCUACAUCAGAGCCGACCCCCCGGAACACUCGCAGAGUGGACGUGUCAAGAUGAGACGCUGGACGGCCUGUAUAAAGACCAGGCAACAUUCAACCCUGCUUCGCACUAUUACUAUUGCGACAACGUGUUCCUUGGCAAUAAGACCAACGUCACAGAAGUCCUCGAAAAGGGUCUGUUGGCCCUACCACCGGGGAAGUCCUUUGCAUUUUGGUAUCCCAUGUACCCCCGAAGUGAACGAACUGUCCCGGACAUGCCAUUGAUAGUGCCAUCGAAUCACUAUUUUUCCAUGUAAAGUAUCGCCGAGGACCUAGAGGAAAGAACACGAGGGAGAUCGUGGAUACAAACGACCAUGAACAGUAUCUGGCCACACACGGUUGGUUCGUAUUUGGGCGAAUGUGAUGGGAGGCAACCCGAUGAAUGGUACUGGUCCAGUACAUCCACUGUUGAUUUUGGUUAAGCCUAACCCCGACAAUCUCCCCGUUCCGCGUCGGAAGGCGAAAUUCAAUAGGAACAAGAUCUUCUGGCUCAACGGACGAGCCACUGGCAAAUGCCAGGGGAGUUGACUGAACGGGCCCCUUGAAUGG